AUGGACCAAGCUCCAAUACAGAUCGGGCAGUUUAUUCUGGGGAAGAACUUGGGAAUCGGUGCUUUCGGAAAGGUGAAAGAAGCGACCCAUGUUGUCACGGGGCAUAAAGUAGCUGUCAAGAUCUUGAAUAAAGCCAAGAUUAAGCAGCUUGGAAUGGAGGAAAAGGUCCAGCGUGAAAUCAAUAUUCUGCAUCUCUGUACACACCCGCAUAUCAUUCGAUUGUACGAGGUCAUUGACACUCCAACGGAUAUUUUCUUGGUGAUUGAAUAUGUUUCCAAUGGAGAACUUUUUGAUUAUAUUGUAUCCAAGGGAAGAUUGUCAGCCGACGAAGCGAGAAAUUUCUUUCAUCAAAUUGUUUCCGGUGUCGAAUACUGCCACUUUCAGAAGGUUGUGCACAGAGAUUUGAAACCUGAGAACCUUUUGCUGGACGAGAAUCUGAAUAUUAAGAUUGCUGAUUUUGGUCUUUCGAACUUGAUGCGCGAUGGUGACUUUUUGAGAACUUCAUGCGGGUCUCCGAAUUAUGCUGCACCCGAGGUUAUUAGUGGGCAUCUUUAUGCAGGACCUGAAGUGGAUGUUUGGUCUUGUGGUGUCAUCUUAUACGCUCUACUUUGUGGUUCAUUGCCAUUUGAUGACGAAUCGAUUCCAAGUUUGUUCAAAAAGAUCAAGAGCGGAAUGUAUAGUUUACCUACGCAUUUGUCACAAUUGGCGAAGAAUUUAAUUCCACGAAUGCUCGAAGUUGAUCCCAUGAAGCGAAUCACAAUUCCUGAAAUUCGGCUCCAUCCUUGGUUUCAGCACAAAUUGCCUCCAUACCUUAGGCAUCCACCAGAGCUUAUGGAGAAGCAAGAGCGAGUUGUUGACUCUGAGGUAAUUGAAGAAGUUCUCAAACUACCAUUUCAUAAAGCUUACGGAACGAUUAGCCACAGUGGCUCAAACCACAUGCUGGAUGGCGGGGUGAACAUGGCCCAACAUCAAUUCCCACAAGGUGUUGUCACAAGAGAGCUGGUGGAACGAGCAGCGGCGUUGGAAGAUAAUCGAGACUCGGGUACACCAAAACUACUGCGGGAUCUGCGGUGCGCCUACGAGUUGAUUCUUGAUCACAAACAUACUCGCCUACGUGUAAUGGAAGUUGCACGAGCAAUCAAGGAGGCAACUAGCGCAACUCCUCCUGCGUUCAGUCCUGGAGGGUCGAGAGGGACAACACCCGGCGGUCAGUACGGAGGAAUGCGCUACUCUUCCUCUGGUGGAAGCUACGAUGGCAGAUACGGCGGUGCUCCUUAUUCCAGCUCUCAAUCUCCCACAGCACUCAACUCAAAUUCUCCAUCAAAUCAAGCACGUUUAGCUGAAGAAGCGACUCGAGCUCUCAUGCAGCCUGGUGCUGGUAUGCAACAGUCACAACAACCCCCUCAAUCCAUUGGAGUCAGCAGCCACCCAGUGGUUCAGAUGACAUCAUCAAUACCUGGAAACACAGGUAUGAUUGCUCAACACCAACAUGGACGAAGAACAAGACGAUGGUACCUUGGUAUCCAAAGUAAGAAGGACCCUGCACACGUCAUGACAGAGGUGUACAAGGCAUUGACGGCACUGGAUUGUGAAUGGCUACAGCUUUCAUCAUACAGAAUUAAAUGCAAAUGGAGACCGAAUUCAGAAUCGGCGCGUCUAGGUAUGGGGUACAACACAAUGCCUUCUGCAGGUGGAGAAUCAAUUGCCGCAGCAAUGGACACUGACGGUGCGAUGGACAUGGAUGUCGAGAAGGAUAAGAAACGGACUGGAGGUGCUCGAGUGUCAUUAAUGAAAGUAGUUGGUGGAGAAAAUGGGCACGAUGUGCCUGUUCCCAUCUUGUCAACUCCUGACUAUGCAAUCAAGAUUGGAUUGACCCUGUACAAAGUGCAGCAAAACAUCUACUUGCUUGACUUCCAAAAGAAGACCGGAGAUGCAUUUUCGUUUAUGACACUAUGUGCGAAUAUCAUUACAGAGCUCAAGACCCUGAGCGCUGCAAGCAAACAGCAAGCCUUACUUGCACAACAGCAGGCAGCAGCUGCUGCUCAGCAGCAAGCCAUGCAACAAGCUGGAUUUCCACAAGGCGUCAAAAAAUAG